AACCUACGGCUUGCUGAAGACUACGCGGUGACGGUCUGAAACGCGCACAAUAGGAUGCGUGUCGCCUGGGUGCUUGCAGGGUUGGCCCCUCAGCACACCAUCUUCUGGCAGGCUUUACGAAAGCACACAAGUACGCUCGGUAGCAAACCUUCCCAACAAUACCAUCGUGGCAGUAGUAUGGAAUCAAGACACCUUCUCCGCGUUCCAAACUUCUUUGGACCUCGCCGGAGAUCGAGGCUCUCAACAUCUACUGAUGACUCUGAGGUUGAAGACGCAGAGCUCCUGCACAUGGCCAAACUUCGAGAUAAGAUGAACUCGCUGGGAGUCGGUCUUUCUCCAUCCGAGGCAUCGCAUCUACUCGCGACAAAUACUUCUUGUGUGGACGGUGAUUUCUCCACCUCUGCCAUUGGCCUACUCUCGAGAACGCUGGGUCUUUCUCCGCGGGAAAUGGUGAAGAUUGUUGCGGGCAGGCCAGCGAUUGCCAAAUCAUCAGUUGACACGCUUGAACGCCAGCUUGGGUUCUACCUCGACGUUGUCAAAUUGUCCAAACAGGACCUGAAGACACUGGUGAUUAAGGACCCGACCAUCCUUCGUCUGAGCUUGUCCAACUUGCGCGAAAAGAUGCGGUUCUUCACAGAAGAUCUAGGAUUCCGUCGCUUGCAAGUGGCAAAAGUGAUACUACAAACUCCGCACAUUUUGGGUUCCAGCGUGGAAAACAAGAUGCGGCCGAAUGUGGCCUACCUGGAAGGUGCGCUUGGUGUCCCGCGGCGAGACAUCAGGCGAUAUAUCGUGGCGUUGCCAAAUUUGCUGUCGUAUAGUGUGGAGGAGAACCUGAGACCGAAGGUUGAAUGGUUAGAGGCGAGGCUUUUCCUUGGUCAAGAUCAGCUGAGAAAGCUUCUUAGGCAACGCCCUCAGGUUUGGUCUCUCAGCGUGGAGAACAACUUGAACCCGAAGAUUCGUUGGCUCGAGGAAACAUUCGGGGUCAACGAUGUGGCACUGCGAGACAUGGUGUUGAAGAACCCUUCCCUGCUGCUUUACAACAUCGACACGGGGAUCAAGCACAAGAUGAGUUUCUUUUCUUCGGAGCUUGGCGUGGAAGAGGCUCAAGUGAUGAAGAUUCUUGUCAGAUCGCCGAUCCUCUUAUCCUACAGCUUGGAGAGCAUGCGGCGAAAGAUUUCUUAUUUUGAGGAGAGAUUGCAGCUGGGUGCCAACGACGUAUCCAGCCUCAUAUCUCGCAGCCCACAAGUUUUGGGGUAUAGCAUUGACGGGAUCGAGUCCAAGUUGAUCUUCCUCAUGCAGGCUUUAAAUGCCAGCCGAGAGGAAGCAAGGUCGAUCGUGCUCAAGUAUCCACAAGUACUGAAUCUCAGUGUCACGAACUUACGCGGCAAGGUCAACUUCUUCACGCAGGAGAUUGGCGGGUCAAUUGAAGAGGUUCGUGACGCCAUCAUUGGCAGUCCAACGCUGGUUGGAUACAGCCUAACCAACCGGCUCAGUCGUCGGGUAGAAGUCUUGCAAUCGCUUGGCGUUCAAAUUAACUUUACGGACCACGUGUGGCUCGUAUCAUCAGCUUCGACCUUGCGGUUCAACAGAUGGGUAGAGAAAGUACUAAUGCACGAUGUUGGUGCCGUGCGUAAAGGGGACGCCGAGGUCGAGCGAAGGAUGAAAAUUUGCCGAGCGAUGUUGCGAGGUACUUAGGGUAGCGGAAUGCAUGUGCAACAUCUUCCUUGCUUCGUUCUUCCCCCGCGUAGGCUAAAGUGGUCACGGUGCACCUAGUUUCGCACGAAAAGCACCGUGGUGAUGCGCUGCCCUCUCACGCGACGAUGUACGACUUGAGACGAAUGAUCUGGACCCUCGUUUGAGGUCUGUGAUGUCGUUUGAGUUACGGCCGCGCACCUUUAUUCGGGGCACCAGAUGUGCUGCUUCGGUCUGUUUUGAACUCGCAAAGUCGCGACGUUCCCACGGGAGGGGCAAUGCAACGGUACGUUGUGCGUCCAAGCAUCGCCACAAAGCUCGUCCAACAAGUCAUCUACAUGCCGACACGCCCGUUUCCAAUGGUUGAACAACAACAUGCCAAGAGCUUAACCGA